UUUUCUGAUUUUUCUUCAUUAAAUCUCAAAUAUCUCGAGAUGAGGUCGUUGUUACCUUUGAUUCUAUUCGCAUUAUUUAUUGGGUGCUUCACUCAACAUGGAGGAAUCGCUAGAAUGCAGGAAUUGAAGACAAAAGUAGAUCCAAUAAGAAGCUUCGAUCUUCCGGAUGAAGCUCCGAGAGCAAGAAUUAUUGCAACGGAUUUCUUGACAAGAGGCAAUAGAAAAAUGAAAAAGCCAUUUAAGGACGAUUCCCGCCAAGAAGACUUCAGGAGAUGGAAGCUCGACGAGCUCACAGAUCGAGAUAUGAGAAGCAGUAAAGAAGUGAAAAGUUCUGUUCGAUCGCCAUUCACAAAGGAUAGUGGAAGUGAAGAAGAUGAGCAUGUUGGAGAUUUCUUCCCAUCCAAAAGAGUUUAAUUUUGUAAACUCAGAAUUUAAUUUUGUAACUUUGAAUUAAUUAUGUGUAAAUAUAUGUUCUAAAAUAAAACACUCAGGGACUAGGG